AUGCCUCAAGUUUUCCUUAAUGAUAAGGAGUUGCGAUGGUGUCAACACUCUAUUCCUACCUUGAAGAAGAAGCACAAGCCGAAGGCUCAAAAUACUCCGAACAAGAAGUCUGAAAAUCCUGGACAAAGUUCGAAUAGUAAUCAGCCUAAGAAGAAGGAUAAGAAGUUCUCAACCAAGACUGCUAAAGAUGAUAACCAGUUGAAGAACCUGAAUUCUCAGAAGAAGGCAAAGAAAUCCUCAAAGAGUAAGAGACGUAAUAGUGUUAACACAGAGAUUUUAGCAGAAGUUUUGGACCUAUUACAUAAAUUAAAUUAG